CGUUUUUGCCCUGCGAAAUUUACAUGUUCAGGCUUGUUCUGGCUUGUUUCUGCAUGCUGGUUGGGCUCAACUUUGGUUUUAAUGAUCUUGUUUCUUAACAGUCUGAUAUCGAAAAUGAACGUAUUAAACUUUACUUAAAAUGGUAUGAGUUGAAGUAACAGGAUCAACAUGGGGCGAAAACAACGCCUUUCAUCAUCAAGUCAACCCAGUGGAUCACAUGAUUCAAUGACCAUCAUCAUGGCCACAUUAUUGGCUCAAGAACUAAAGCCAGAACAUAAACUACCAAAUGAGAAAUUACUGGUGAGGCCCAAGUCAGCAUUCUUAAAACUUCUUGCAACUGUUGGUGCAAAGGGGACUGUUUUCACAUCUCAGCAGAUUCUCCAGUUUUUGAUUAAGUACAUAGAAGGUUUGAAGCUUUAUGAUCCAGUUGACCCAAGGAUGGUUUACUGUGAAAAAGAUCCACUUGGAGUUGUAUUUGGUGUUAAAAUGUUCACCAUUAAAGAUGCAAAAAAGCUAAUAUUUGCUAAUGUUGACGUUGUUUCGGGGCAACGGGACAAGGAUAAAGCAAGUGUUGUGCAACAGGGAGGAUUGCAGCAGCAGGAUAAACAGUAUUACUAUACCUUGCAACAUAGCCAUUGGCUAACCUCAGGUAGUGCAUCAGGUAGUAAUGUUGAGCCAAGUGCCGUAGCGUCUGCUGCUGACGAAUGUGAUGCCCCGAUUAAAAUAGUUCCAUCCAAGCCGCAUACAGUGGGAAAGAGGACACGUUCUGAUUCCAUGGAUAGUAAAUCUUCAAAGAAGCGUUCUGUUCACAGUGUGUCAGUUAGCGAGGACGAAAAAGAGAUUGUAGUUCCAUGGUAUGCUAAAAAGUAUCCCCGUGAUGAUGUUACUUCUGUAAGCACAGACCAACACAGUGUCCAGGAUAAAGCAACAGCUGUGGUAGCAAAUUCUUCUGAUGAUCUUUGGUUUCUGGAAGAAGACCAACUAGAAUUUGAAAUUGAAUCAGAAAUAUCCAGUGAAAGCUACAGAAGUGUUGAAAGUUCUGUAGACAGUGCUCUCACAGAGGCAAUAUUUGAGGUUGAAGUAGAAGAAAAUGAGUCGAUAUUCGGAGAUGUGGAUAGUGAUACGGAUAGUAUUGAUACAGAAAUAUCAGAACGAGAUAAAUGGGAGUGUAAUGAAUGCAAUACCACCAACCCACCAAUCCAUGGCUACUGCAUGGGGUGCUGGGCUUUGCGUAAAGGUUGGUUGGCAGAUGAAAAACGGUUAACUUUAAUGGAACGGUUGAUGUCACAACGACGCAGUCUCAGUAGAUCUCUCUCAGCACCGAGUGAUAUGCGACUCCCUCAUGAAAGCAUUCGGAAUAAUCUACUCGUGUCUAAUGACAACUGUGAUGGUUUAGAGAAGGGCCCAAGCAGCAGUGAUGAUGACAAAGCUAAAACCAACGUUGACGAAGAAGGGGAGGAUGAAGCUGGGAUAGGAACUCGCCCGAAAUCCCCUAUUAGUUCAUCAGAUACUGUCCUGUUAGAGGACCCGGAAAGUGCACCAAGUACUGUGCGUGUACUUAAAGGAAAGCAGUCAAGAUUUAGUCGACGAGAGCCUACUCCUGUAGGUAGUGCAAGCAAUUCACGUCUUGAGCCUGGGAACUCAGAGUUUUUUUCUGUUGGAAGACAUACACCUAGCGAUGACGGAGGAAUAGGCAAGACGUCAUUAUGUCCUGUGAGCACAGAGGAAGCCCCCUCAGUUAAAAAAGCUGUUAGUCCAAACGACUUGUGCAUGCUUUGUGAAAGUAGGACUAAGAACGCAAGUAUAAUACAUGGGAAAAGUGGACAUCAGGUAUGCUGUUAUUCUUGCGCUAAGAAAUUGAGACGGCACGGAAAACCAUGUCCUGUUUGCCGGCGGAAAAUCCAGCAUGUCAUCAAAAACUACUUGCUCUGAUCCUUUAUCUUGAGUGAAUGUCUUUUGCAAUAUUAUUGAGUGGCGGGUUCCCCUAAAUUUUUCAAAAUUAUGAGAAUAAAAAAUGAAAAAAAAAAAAAUUAUAAUCAAAUUUAAGUCUUGGAGUGCCAUUUCUGGCCCUCUAGAGCCAUCAUAAAUUUUCUUGUCCUCGGCCCCAGCUGCUAUAGUGGUGCUGAGCUGGGUGGACACUAUCUGUGAAAACCCCCCUUGCUGGGCCCCUCUUUUUUCGAAUUCCUUGAUCCGCCACUGUUAUUGUCAAAAAACCUACUGUAGUUCAGUGUAUGUUGCAAUGUAAUUAUUUUAAUUGGAUAUUUUAUUGUAUAAUAGGUUAUUUAACUAUAGAAUGACAACAUGCAUUGUUUAUUGUUGAUUGGUUGCCAUGCUUUAGUAUAUGCAGUUAAGUGCCUUAUUUAGAAUGUACUGGUACUGGUUGGUUUAAAAUGUAUAUGUAAAAUUACUUAAUUGUGUACAUUAUUUUAUGAGAACACUGUAUAUCCAUUAAAGUGCAAGAUAUUUUGUAUGCAGAUAAUUGCAUCUGAACAGCACAUAAAAUUUACCAAAUAUAUUAAAUUAUAAUAUAUGUUAUUAUUUAUUAUAUGAUUUCUGUUGUGAGGUUAAAAGCCGGUUUUAGGCUUGUCAUCGUUUUGCUUUCAAUGUUGCAGCUGAACAUGUUUAUUAUUAUAUUUAAAAAAUUAAACAAUUAAAAUUUUACUGGUUGAACUAAUGGUCAAUUAAUUUGCCUAUAGGUAUCAAGUGGGAUUCUAAACGUAGGCCCAUUAGACUAUCCAACAUUAUCGUAGAAUUGUCUUUGUUUGUAUCAAUCUCCCUCGUCAACGAACCAAAGAAUUGGCCCAUACACCUGUAUGUAAAUUAAAUGAUAUUUUAAUAGAAAUACAUAUACUGUAUAAAUUAUAUAUUUUUAUUUCCUUUAGUGAAGUUGUAUGAUUAAUGAACAGAUAUACUGAAGUUUGUUUGGAAUUUGAAUUGAUGAUGUGCACUAAAUAUAGGAAGCCAAUUAUUAAUUGAUUGUUGAUUAUUAGAAAUGUUUUGUUUUUGGUAGAUUUAUAUUCACCCAAAUUUUCAGAACUGUUAAACAGGCAACAAGGAAAGUUGUAGACCAUAGAAAACAUUUAAUUACAGUAUUUCACUAUGAUAUAAAUUUGGAUACAUUAAAUUAUGCAAUAAGGAAACUAA